UAUCCAUCAUUAUUCUCUUGUUACAUUUUUUUUUUCAAAAAAAAAAAUCAUAAUUUGGAAUGGGUUUGUUCGAGGGGAAGAUGAUUUGGGCGGUGGGUUUGUUCUUGAUUACAUUCCCAACAGCCACUCUUUGUGAUAAUUUUGCUUUUCCUCCUUCUCUCUCCCCCUUCUUAGAUAAGGUGUGUGAGAAAGUGGAGUGCGGGAGAGGGAGAUGCAGAGUGGACAGAAACGAAGCCUUUGGAUUCAGAUGCGAAUGCGAUGAUGGUUGGAAGACUUCCUUUGAUGGCUCCAACCACACUUUUCUCCCAUGCAUCGUCCCUGACUGUAAUAUAAAUUCCGCAUGCGCCCCAGCACCUCCACCGACUCCGGAGAAGGAAAUUCCAAGAAACAGAUCCUUCUUUGAUCCUUGUCAUUGGGCAUACUGUGGAGGAGGAACGUGCAGGAAGGAUGAUGACGACGACUUCAAACACACAUGUGACUGCAACAAUGGCUUCACCAAUCUCCUCAACAAGACCUACUUCCCUUGCUUUGGUCAAUGUGACCUCGGAUCCAAUUGCUCGAGGAUCAUAUCUUCGGCAAAUGCGGAAGAUUCUUCUCCCGCUAACUCUUAUCUGCCGGGGAAGUUCCAAAUCUUGACUAUGAUCUUCACAUCCAUGGCUAUGGCACUUGCGAGCUAGUGGACAUUUCCCUUCACUCCGGUCUGAUUUCGAACAUUUUAUCACGGCCUUGUGAUAUCUACUCGUCCCCGUAUGAUUAUUUCAUCCGUAGAUCGAUUUUAUCGAUUGGUUACGAUAUUGUUUUCGUCCAUGUGUUCAUGUAUAAUAAUAAUAAUAAGGGGUAUGUAUAGUUUUGAUUCUGUACUGUUGUAUAGGGAAGUACAAACCCCACGUUUGCUGUGUAUGUAUAUUUGGUAGUCAUAAUAAAUGAGCUUAUGUCUCACGUAUCA